CUAAAAAUAUUUUUGGAGCCCAUAAAAAAGCUAUUAAAUUACUUGAAUAUUGUACUGCUACUCUUGUAAAUUAUUUUUUACAACUUUUACAAUUAGCAAUUAAGAUUAAAUAUCUAUCUGAUUCUGUUAGUCAAAAUUUUCAAAAUGAUUGUUUAGCUCUUUUUAAUAAAUGA